AUGACUGGUCCAAAACCCCUAAUCAAGAUCGAGGGCGAUUGCUCCACUAUCCACGGCAAUACCCUCUACGUCUAUUCGCCAGAAGGCUUUGAAUCAAUACAGCUCAAAGAGGACGGAGAUUGGAAGAGACUCCCCUCCCCAGAUGACAAAGUUACCGGCCCUGCCUGCGUCCAAGACAAAGGUUAUUUUUAUCUGGUCGGCGGGACCGGCUCCCGCGACCCCCUCGACAACAGCGGCCUCCAACGAUUCUCGUUCAGUACAGGGGAGUGGAAGACACUCACUGGGACAUCAUCGGAGAUGAAAGACCGGACGGGACAUGGGGCCGGAUACAUUCCCUCAACUUCAGAAAUAUUGGUUUACGCAGGAAACACGGAUGGCAGUACACGGAUCUCCCAAUCGACGCUCUUCAUUUCAACAACCGACACGACCUUUGACGUCCGGGCCGGGACCGAUCAGGGCACGCCCGCAUUGUAUGAGCCCAUAAUUUUGCCUUGGAGCUCUUCCGAGGUCGCCAUGAUUGGAGGCUCUGCUACCAAUACAGCUGUCUACAUCUAUGACUCCAAGAAGGGCUGGAGUAUCUCAGAGGCGACUCUGCCCGCUGCGAUCCAAUCCACGUCUCGAUGCGCGCUCGCCUCCGACUCCGGUGGUAAUACCAAGGUUCUCGAGGAGUUUACAAUGGGCGCUUCCCCAAACACGGUGACUAGCUAUCUUCUCCGCUCAAAGGGAAAGAUGCAGAACCCGGUUACAGCUAUCGCACCGGCAGAAAAGAGGGGUCUCACCGAUUCUUACAACGACACAUUCGCCCCGACGGCAUCCUGGUCUGAUUACACGCUUGCCCAGGGAAAUGGCUUGGUUGUUCUCGCCAGCGGCCAAAGUAAUGACUCAGUGGCAAUCUUCAACCAGACUUCCAACGCAUGGGUCAACUCCACAGAGCUGUUCUUUGGAAAAUCAGAUCAACAGGUUCUCAAGCCAUCCACCACAUCAUUCACAUCAUCUACUCCGACACCUACCACAACCACCUCCACAUCGACCUCGACAUCGGCCUCCUCUACACCCACUUCUUCGUCGCCAGUUGUGGGUGCUGUAGGUGGUGGCCUGAGUGAUCAUGGCAAAACGAUUCUUGGCGCAACCCUUGGCAGCGUCCUAGGGUUUGGCUUGAUCCUGCUCAUCAUUCUUUUCCUUCUGCGACGUGAGAAGAAGAAGAGACAGUUAGCUAAACCCGGAGGCGGCGGUGGUGGCGAUAACAAAGGCCGCCUGAGCUUCCAGGAUCAGGGCAUAGAACCCCUGACCGAAGGCGCUUACCCCAUGGCAAGAUCUCCUGUCCCACUCGCUAGUGCUUCUGUCGAUUCAUUGGCUAUCAUGUCCGGCAAUUACAGGGGAGAGAAAUCCCUCAAGCCACCGGGCGCUACGGGCUAUGGCUUGUCUCCUCAACCCAAGAGCAGUCCCCUCUCUACAAUUCCCUCCAGCGGUGUCAUGGGUGCAUCAAGCGUAUACACCGACGACACCAAUCGGGCUGGCAACACCGGGCGUGAAAACCAGGCCGCUGACCGAAUGACUGACGAAGGAUGGGGAAAAUACUUUGAGGACGGUGGUGCUACUAACCUCCAAUCCGACCGCUCGACCAUCAGCUCCGCAUACACCAAGUCCGAUUACCGCGGAAGCGGCUGGCCAAUGAGUACCUUGACACCAUUGAAUUUCGGCUUCCUUGAGCAACCCCAGCCACUUGGCCGCGUUUUCAGCGGCAGUCCAACCACGGAACAUGGUCCCUCUGACAUGGGCAGUCGAAACCUGGUGAUCCCAGAGAGCCAGUCAGCACGAAUCUCCAGUGCAGAUUCAAUCAGUGUCGCCUCAGAUGACGACCGCGAUGAUCCAAAAUGGCAAGGUGCGGGCCAGAGCAGCUGGCUUGGACGGCCCACAAGCAGCAACUACACCACUAGUUUCUACCAAACGAGCGCACAAGAUAUGCCCUGGGAAUCAUCGAAUCCCAGCCUCGCGGAUAAGACAAGGCAGUCCAAUGCACGAAGAUCCAGCGUCAUCAUACCGCAUGAUAUCGACGAACUUCCGGUGCACGGCCAGAAGAAUAAUACGAAUUCAGAUAUGAGCUGGCUCAAUCUCAAGGCUGAUCGUUAA